UCUCACAAAAUCUUCAUAGCACUAGAGUGUUCUGGAAGGAAACACACACGAGGCCACCCCUCUCUUCUCCCCUAUAAAUCCCAAGCCCCUCUGCCUUCAUCCUCACACACUUGACCACCCGUACAAAGGAACACACACACAACACACAAUCGAAAUCCACAGAGAAAGAAAAGAUCCGGCAAUGGCGGGCGAGAAGAAGGGCCUGACGCUGCUGGACUUCUGGGUGAGCCCGUUCGGGCAGCGGGUCCGGAUCGCGCUGGAGGAGAAGGCGCUCCCCUACGAGUACGUGGAAGAGAACCUCCUGGCCGGCAAGAGCGAGCUCCUCCUCCGGUCCAACCCGGUCCACAAGAAGAUCCCCUGCCUCCUCCACGACGGCCGCCCCGUCAACGAGUCCCUCAUCAUCGUCCAGUACCUCGACGAAGCCUUCCCCGACACCCGCCAGCUUCUUCCCCCCCACGCCGCCGCCGACCCUUACGCGCGCGCGCAGGCCAGGUUCUGGGCCGACUACGUCGACAAGAAGGUCUACGACUGCGGCACCCGGCUCUGGAAGCUCAAGGGGGAACCCCAGGUGCAGGCGCGGGAGGAGAUGAAGGAGAUUCUGAGGACCCUGGAGGCGGAGCUCGGGGAGAAGGAGUUUUUCGGUGGGGAACACGGGUUCGGGUUCGUGGAUGCCGCCUUCGCGCCGUUCACGGCGUGGUUCCAUAGCUAUGAGAAGUUCGGGGAGUUCUCCUUGGAGGAGGUUGCGCCGAAGCUGGCGGCGUGGGCGAAGCGGUGCGGCCAGCGGGAGAGCGUCGCCAAGAGCCUCUACUCGCCGGAGAAGGUGUAUGAGUUCAUCGGCGUGCUCAAGAAGAAGUACGGCGUCGAGUAAGCUGCCUGCCGGUUUGGGGGUAAACAAAAAAUUUAGCGGUUCGGUGCGUGUGAUGCGUGAGGAUUUGUUAAGAUUUGUUGUUGUUCGUGGAGUGGAGCGUUCGUGUGGGUAGCGGUUGUUUGGUUGCGUGUGUGUUUUGGGUCCGUGCCGCGUGUUGUGUUGUGGGGGAAGCAUCGAGUUGCCUCCUGAUUCUAUUGCGGGGAAUAAUAAAGGCUUUGCCGUUUUGGUGAUGAC